UGGGGAAAUGUACCUAUCACUUUCAGCGGGAAAGUAUAUAUUACUUAUCAGGGUACAUAUCAAAAAAUAUCAUAAUAUAUAUUAUAUAGCAGUGCCGUAUCCAGGGGGUGGGCUUUUGGGCUUAAGCCCCCCCCCCCGAAAUCUCAGGAAAAAUAUUUUUUUAGUAAUGCGUUAUGCGUAAUGGGUUCAUAUCACAGAACAAUAUCAUAUUAUCGUUCAUGUCAUAGUAAUAAUGUUGACGACCUUUUAGUAUAUUAUUUUGCGAGACUAGAUGGGUAGAACGACACGAGUCAAUUUUAAUUUUGGUUGAAGGUUUUAUUGAAAUAAUUAGUGCAUUGGAAGAACUUAUGUCAAUAGAACAUGAUAAAGCAGUUUUUCCAUUACAUAAAUCUAUGUGUAAUUUUAAUUUUAUUAUAACUAUCUGUAUUUUGGAAAAGGUCCUUGGAAUAACUUAUUUUAUUUCAAAAUAUCUUCAAACAGAAAAUAUUGAUUUAUCCAUUGCAAUAGAAUCUGUAGAAUUGACAAUUCAAAAAUUACAAGAUUUACGGACGGAAGAAACUUUUUUUUCUAUAUUUCAUCGUGCUUGUGAAAUCGCAAAAGAAGUUGGUACAUCACCAACCAUACCAAGAGUAGUCGGGACUCAAAAACAUCGAGAAAAUUAUGCCAUACUCAAUAAUGACCAUGUCUCUUACUACAGACAAUCAUUAUAUUAUCCAUAUUUAGAUGAUAUUUUAGCAUCAUUUAAUGAACGUUUUAAAAUGAACUCUAAUAUUUUUAUUUCUUUAUCUUCUUUAUUACCAAGCAAAAUUGGUAAUUUAUCAUUUAGUGAUAUACAGCCAGCUAUUGAUUUUUAUGAAGAAGAUUUAAGAUCUAAUAACCAAAACAUUCACAUGGACUUAUUAAAAAAUGAAUUUGAAUUUUGGAAGCAAAAAUGGUCUAAUGAAGAAAAUAAUUUACCAAAAAAUGCAUUAGACACAUUAUCAAAAUGCCCCGAAGAUUUAUUCCCACAUAUAAAUAUUUUAUUAAAACUUCUUGCUAUUUGGCCUGUAUCAACGGCAUCGGUUGAAAGAAGUUUUUCUUCUUUAAAAAGAAUCAAGACCUAUUUAAGAAACUCUACCGGUGAGGCAAGAUUAAACGGAUUAGCUCUUAUGAAUAUCCACAGAGACAUACAAAUUGACACAGAUGCUAUUUUAAAUAUGUUUGCGUCUAAAAAGGAAAGGCGUUUAGAUUUUAAAUUGUGACAAUUUAAUAAUGAAUGCAUAAUACAUUAAAAACUAUGUGUAUAUAUUAUAUGUUUUAAAUUAUUUCCUAUUUUCCUAUAAAGUUAAGUAUGUUUAAGCCCCCCCCGAAAACAAAUCCUGGGUACGGCACUGUUAUAUAGUAUACGGGGAUUAGGUAUAAUUUUAAAUGUAUUACAUAUUAUUUUACAUGUAGUAUGCAUGACGAGUGACGACAGUAUUGUGUCCGGCGGCCUGCUUGUCUCUCCUUUUUUCUGUCCGGACUCGGCACAGUUGCACGGAUGUCUAGUCCGAACACGCCCGAAUAAAUGUGAGUGUUUACACAUUUCAAAUGCAAUUAGGGUAUAUUUUUUUCUACGGAGCAUUGGGAAAAGAUGUAUAGUAGAUACAUAUAUAGUAUAGUAUUCUUUAUUUUUCGACUCAUUCUCGAUAGUCACCGCCAUUACGCAACAACUGUGUGUCUAUUCUAUGACCCAUUAUAUCAUUAUUCAAGUCGUUGAAACGAUAACCGACGACGUCACAACGUGAAGAUGGGAUCAUGUGCGUAAAAACAUUGUAAAUAAACCCACAAUAUAUUAUAAUAACGAACGUGGCACGUGCACCAUUAGUGACAUCUGUAUUUGACAUUUGUAGCCUUUAGGUACCUACUAACUAGUCAUUACCUAGCGACUAUACAAUGCGAUACGCAGUAGAAAACAAUAUAAUAGGUACCAUAGUACUACAUACCUAUUACCUAUAUUAUAUUACUAUAUAUUUGCCAACUGUAGAUAAAAACUUAGGUAUUUAUCUAGUCACCUAGGUAUUACCUAUUUCGUUAUUAUCAGAACUGUUAAUUGAAUGCACUAAAAAACUGAACAAGAAUGACGAGAACUUGUACACUGCAAACUGGUAAGAUCAUAAGUACAGUCAAAACUCUUUAUAACGAAUCUGAAGGGACCAAGAGAUUUCUUUCGUUAUAGAGAGUUU